AGGAAGAGGAGGUGGAGGAAGUGGUGGAGGAUGGGUUAGGAGUUCUGGUGGAGGUCUGUAAACGGUAGACACCGUCAGCGGCUGUUACGUCUGGGUUGCGGCUCAUGCCUGUCGGUGUGACCACAACACCUGUCACAGGGCUCUGUGAUGUAACAGGCUGGACUGGACAUGCUGUAUGUGGGAAACAGGUGACGCAUCAGAGGGUUUGUUUGGCUUUGAUGCUUCUGCCUUCAAUUCCAAACUUUUCUUCCGAUAUUAAGAGUGAUUUCUGUGUCUGGCUGUGUGGUUGUGGUUCUAGGGUAGUGGGCUGUGAGGUUGUGGUUCUAGGGUAGUGUGGUUGUGGUUCUAGGGUAGUGGGCUGUGUGGUUGUGGUUCUAGGGUAGUGGGCUGUGAGGUUGUGGUUCUAGAUAAAGGGGUAGUGUGUUUCUGACAGCGCUGGAGCUAAACCUCACUGGGUGGGUGCUGGAGACCAUCUGUUCUGUCACAGGUCUGGGUUGUUCUUAGGCCAGCAGCAGCAUUUGAAGCCAUGCGUGAAUACAGCUAGCCUAAUCCUAAUCUGAUUAUCCAGACAGCCCUCAUCGCUACUACUUCUCUGAACCUGUUAGGGUUCAAAACAGUCAACUCAGCAGGUAACACAAGAUUUUCUGUCACUGACUGAUUUUUUUCUGAAGGCUGUCCUUCAUGUUGACAGGUUAGAACACUUGAGGGCGAUCUACCUUAACUUUCAGUGGCCUGAUUCACACCCCUGAACAGUUGGUGGCUAAUGUUAAUAACGAGUUAUUGUCUAAUCUUGUCUUCGACCUCACACGCAUGAUUGUUCAGGGUAGUUCUGUGUGGAGUGUUCAGGGUAGUUCUGUGUUCUGUGGAGUGUUCAGGGUAGUUCUGAGUUCUGUGGAGUGUUCAGGGUAGUUCUGAGUUCUGUGGAGUGUUCAGGGUAGUUCUGUGUUCUGUGGAGUGUUCAGGGUAGUUCUGAGUUCUGUGGAAUGUUCAGGGUAGUUCUGAGUUCUGUGGAGUUUUCAGGGUAGUUCUGAGUUCUGUGUGGAGUGUUCAGGGUAGUUCUGUGGAGUGAGGCGGAGCUGAGCCGGCACAGAGGAAGUGAGGCGGACCAUAACAAACAAGGCCUGAUAAAACCAAGACUAUUGUUCCCCAGAGGUGGAAGGAAGCAGCUAAACAACAUUCCUUGUUGACAGACCCGAGAGUAGGGAGAGAGAGCGACAAGAAGGAGAGUUGGAGGGGAAAGUUAACAGGGAGAGAGAGAGAUGUUGGGUUUAGCCAGUGGGUUCCCUGGGUUCUCCUCAGCUCCACAUAUAGAACAGUUAGCAGGGUCAGUGUGGUUUGUGUCUCAUGCUAAUGCUAGCUAGCUGUUGUGGAACCAGUAAACCAACUGGAUUAUGGAUAGGAUUAUGGGUUACUGAAGCCAGGGCUAUUGACAUACAACUCUGAAUAUAACUGAAAACCAUGAUUGAAUGGAGUUGGAAAAGAAGUGGACUUUGAGUUCUGAGGACUUGAACUUGAUACCCAGGAUGGAGGCGUCCUGUCUGGAGCUGGCUCUGGAGGGGGAGCGGCUGUGUAAGGUGGGGGACUAUCAGGCGGGCGUGUCCUUCUUUGAGGCGGCCAUCCAGGUGGGCACGGAGGACCUGCAGGUGCUGAGCGCCAUCUACAGCCAGCUGGGGAACGCAUACUUCCACCUGCACAACUACACCAAGGCCCUGGAGUACCACCACCACGACCUGACCCUGACCAGAACAAUAGGAGAUCUGCUGGGGGAGGCCAAGGCCAGCGGUAACCUUGGCAACACACUGAAGGUGCUGAGGCGGUUUGAGGAGGCGGUGGUGUGCUGUCAGAGACACCUGGACAUCGCCAGAGACCUGCACGACAAGGUGGGCCAGGCGCGGGCGCUGUAUAACUAUGGCAACGUGUUCCACGCCAAGGGGAAGAGUAUCUGCUGGAGUGGGGCGGAGCCUGGAGACUUCCCCGAUGACGUCAUGACCGCCCUCAGGAAUGCUGCCGAAUACUACGAGGCUAACCUGUCCAUAGUGAAGGAGCUGGGAGACCGGGCCGCCCAGGGCAGAACCUACGGUAACCUGGGCAACACGCACUACCUGCUGGGAAACUUCCGGAAGGCAGUGGCCUCCCAUGAACAGCGCCUCCUGAUCGCUAAGGAGUUUGGGGAUCGCUCCGCAGAGAGGAGGGCCUACUGUAACCUUGGCAACGCCUACAUCUUCCUGGGAGAGUUUGAGGUGGCAGCCGAGCACUACAAGAGGACUCUGCAGUUGGCCAGGCAGCUGCAGGACCGUGCGGUGGAGGCCCAGGCCUGCUACAGCCUGGGCAACACCUACACCCUGCUGCAGGACUACGAGAGAGCCAUCGACUACCACCUCAAACACCUCAUCAUAGCCCAGGACCUGAACGACAGGAUUGGUGAAGGCCGUGCGUGCUGGAGUCUGGGGAACGCCCACACCGCCCUGGGGAACCACGACCAGGCCAUGCACUUCGCUGAGAAACAUCUGGAGAUCUCCAGAGAAACGGGAGACCGCAGUGGGGAGCUCACUGCUAGGAUGAACGUGUCAGAUCUUCAGAUGGUCCUGGGGCUGAGCUACAGCACCAACAACUCCAACCUUUCUGAGAACAAGGAGAUCGAUUACAACAUGCAUGGAGCUCGGCCCAGGAUGGGCAGGAGACACAGCAUGGAGAACCUGGAACUGAUGAAGCUCACACCUGACAACAAGAUCAAUGGUCAGAAGUGGACCAGUGCCACCCUGACCAAGCAGUCCAAGCAGUCCAAGCCGUCGCUGGGGAAGAGCUCGUCCAAGCUGUUCUUCGUGAGCCGACUGCGGGGGAAGAAGCACAAGGAGGGGGGGUCCAGCAAGGUGCUGCAGGACACGUCCAACACCCAGGAGGCCAGCCUGCAGCCCACACAAGGCCCAAACAAGCGUUCCAGUCCUGACCUUCUGGGAGACGAGGGUUUCUUCGACCUGCUCAGUCGUUUCCAGAGCAACCGCAUGGACGACCAGCGCUGCUCAGUCCAGGACAAGAGCCGCAUGUCACUGGCCUCCGAGCCGGACACGCCCCCUCCCGCCAUCAGGAAAUCUGUAUCAGAGUCAGCGGCGGUCUCUAGCCUUGGCUCCGCCCCCCAGGCUCGGCGGUUAGAGGCGGCCGGGGGCACGGGGGGCAGUCUGCCUGGCCUUCGGCUCACCCAGCAGUGCAGCCAGGCAGUCCUGAACCACCUCAUGGCCAGCGACUCCGAGCCUGACGACGACUUCUUCGACAUGCUCGUCAAGUGCCAGGGCUCCCGUCUGGACGACCAGCGCUGCGCCCCCCCUCCCGCCCGCGGCCCCACAGUCCCAGACGAGGACUUUUUCAGCCUCAUCAUGCGCUCACAGGCCAAGCGCAUGGACGAGCAGCGCGUCACCCUGCCCUCCUCCAGGCCCAGUGCCGACUGAACUCUGCCCAGGGACGGGGCCUCCCCGGCGGGCACGAGGAGCGGGGGGGGGUUCUCUCUGGAGGAAGCUGUCUUGGAGGGAAGGAAUGUGUCUCCUCUCCAGUGGGGAGGAAGAAACACUCCACAGGGGGUUUCAUCACGGACUUUGAUGUAGCUUAUGGACCCACAAAAAGCACUGCCAGACUGUAGUCAAGGAAACCUCAGAGGAACAUUCCAGAACACCACUGGAAGGUUCUAGAACUGCACAGGAGCAUUCUGGAACCCGCAAGGGUGCUAAUGGAAGGAACUUGCGGUUCUUCCAUGAGCAUUCGGUGGAUUGAGAACGUUCUACCCUGCUAGAACUCUUUAAGCUGCACACACAUCAUGUAGCCUAGUUUCAGGGAACACUGUUUGUUUUUUAAAUGUUUUUAUUCUUGUUUUAAAUAAUGAUGUACUCCGUAUAAUUUCACUAUCACUACCCCCUACCAACCCAAAUGUAUCCUUAGAUACCAGACUGCAGUAGGGAUGGUGUUUACCUGAGUUGUAGUGAUUCAGGUUGUGGUUGAUGGUCAGGUGUGCUGUGGUCCACCUGGUCAGGUUUGGGGAAACAUUAAUUCUUACUAACCAGGGGUUAGAUACGACACAGGUACAGCAUCUCCAUGGAUACAUGAUCUUUUUUUUUGUCAGCUGUGUAUGUUUGUCAGGUGUUAGAUUGGGGAGUCCAGGGGUUAGGGGGACUCAGAACAGAACUAUCUACCAGGGGGAGUCC